UACUACCCAUUCGCAAAUCGCAACCUCAAGGUUCGAGACCUUGACUCGCGGACGCGUUUUCUGUUCGCCGAGCGCUGCAGCCGUCGAGCGGGAGUGCGGGCCGCGUUACUGCGUUAGCCGCCCCCCGCCGUCGCCUGCCUCAGCGGAUCCACGCUCGGCAGGUUACUGACGCCGCCCGCCUAACUUCCACCGGUCUGGUGGAGUGGUGGGGAGAUCUAUCUGCCUUGGAUCGAUUAUUCUCUACUACUUGGUAGAAGAGAGUUUAUCCACACAGGCAGCUAUGUUGGAAAAGAUUGGGUUGCCGCCGAAGCCGUCCAUGCGAGGCGCCACCUGGGUGGUGGACGCAUCCCACUGUCAGGGUUGUUCUGUUCAGUUCUCGUUGUUUACUAGGAAGCACCAUUGCCAAAGAUGUGGGGGCUUGUUCUGCAGCAGCUGCACCCAGCAGAGGAUGGUUUUACGUGGACAGGGUGAUUCACCUGUUAGAAUUUGUGAUCCUUGCAAAAAGCUUGAGGAAGAAGCACGCCAUGAGUUGAGAUAUGGGCACAAAAAUAGAGCUACAAGAGCUACCACAAAAUCUGCUUCGAAACCAGAGGAUGAAAUUCUAAGUGAAAUUCUUGGAGGUGGAGAGCGUAUCCAAUCUCUGGAUUCUUUGCUUCCUGGGAGAACCACAAGCAGUGCCAGUACCUCCAGACGAACUUCUUCUAACCUCAGUACGGACGCAAAAGGAGAUGAAAGCCUUUCUGCUGAAGCACACAAUUAUGAACUUAACAAUACCGCAUCUAUUUUCACCCCAGAGGAGUUGCGCCAACAUGCUGUAGAAGAGAAGAAAAGGUACAAAACUUUAAAAUCAGAAGGUAAACCAGAGGAAGCACUGCGGGCUUUCAAGCAUGGUAAAGAACUUGAGAAGCAAGCUGCAGCCCUGGAAUUAGAAUUGAGAAGGACUAGGAGAAUGGCUACAAAAGCGACUAACAUCUCUUCUGCUGUUGGUACUUCGAUGACUGCUGGUUCUGAUGAGGUUGAAACAAAAAGGUCUUCAACUGGGAAAAAGAUUAAGAAAGAAAAGAAUGAUCUUGCCUCUGAGCUCAGAGAUCUAGGCUGGUCAGAUGCAGACCUUCGUGAUGAAACAAAGGCUGCCCCUAUGAGUCUGGAGGGAGAGUUGACACAGAUUCUUAGAGAGGUGGCCCCUAAACCAUUGGAGGGCAAGAGAACAGGUGGUAUCGAUAAAUCUCAGGUUAAUGCUCUGAAGAGGCAAGCUUUACUGCUAAAGCGGGAAGGUAGGCUUGCUGAAGCAAAGGAAGAGCUCAAGAAGGCUAAAAUUUUGGAAAAACAACUUGAGGAACAGGAGAUUCUAGGUGAAGCAGAAAACUCAGAUGAUGAUUUGGCUGCUAUUAUUCGGAACAUGGACGACGAUAAGAAUGAUGACAUAUUUAUAGAUGAUUCAAAGUUCCCAGCUUUCAACUUUGAACAAAUUAUGGUUGCCUCUAAUGAUCUUGCCACUGAUGGUCACUUUGACGUUACAGAUGAUGACAUGAAUGACCCAGAUAUGGCUGCUGCUCUAAAAUCAUUUGGCUGGAGUGAGGAGGAUGACAAACAGUUGGAAAAUCUCGAACCUGUUUCUUCAAAUCAAGAGGGGCUAAAGGAGCAAGUACUUUCUCUAAAAAGAGAGGCUGUUGCAAACAGAAGGUCUGGUAAUGUUGUAGAAGCCAUGUCAUUGCUUAAAAAGGCAAAGCUACUAGAGAAGGAUCUCAAAACUGAAGAGCCAGACUCAAAGGUUCCUUCUCUAGAAAGGCAGAAAACUACACAUGCAGAAGAUGCCACUUAUGCAGGGACGAAUGUCCGACCUAUACCAACACCAAAAAGUAAGCUUGCAAUUCAGCGAGAACUGUUGGCUCUGAAGAAGAAGGCACUAGCUUUGAGGAGGGAAGGGAAGGUGGAUGAGUCUGAGGAAGAGCUGAGAAAGGGUAGUGUUCUUGAAAAGCAGCUUGAAGAGCUUGAAAAUUCUUCCAAACCACCUGUAGCAAAGGAAACCAGGAGCUUUCCAUCUAAUCCCCCGUACAAAGUUGAACCCCCAAAUAUCAAUCUUGCUGAUGAGGUAUAUGAACCUGAGGUUACAGACAAGGAUAUGCAGGAUCCAGCAUUGCUGUCGGUGCUGAAAAAUAUGGGAUGGGAAGAUGCUGGUUCAGAUUCUGUGGAAACAACUGACAAAGCAUCAUUUUCUGCACAUGUAGUUCAUCAUAAAUCAUCAAAAACUAAGGGCCAGCUUCAGAAGGAAUUGCUUGGUAUAAAAAGGAAGGCUCUUGCCCUCAGAAGGGGAGGGAAAAACACUGAAGCUGAGGAGGAACUUGAGAAGGCUAAGGUGUUGGAGCAGCAACUUGCAGAGAUGGAAGAAUCAAAUAACUUGAGUGCUAGUCAAGGUGUUACUACUGCUGGCGGGGACGAAAUAUUGCUAGUGCAUGCAUCUGAAUCUGGUACGCCAGUGGUUACUCUGUGUGGUUCUCCAAGUAAACCGCAGAUUGAGACAACCAAUCCUAAUCAAGGUGAUGUGGGAGAAGAAAGUAGAGCUGGAAGGUCUCCAGCCUUGUCGCAGCCAGCUUUUACUGAUCCGUUGGGAUCUGAAAAAGGGUCACAUUCACCUUCUGUAGUACAUGAUCGUAAUGAGCAUCAGAAAACACAAGGAGAUGAUACUCUUAAAGAUGAGAUAUUACUUCAUAAGAGAAAAGCAGUUGCCUUUAAGAGAGAAGGGAAGAUGGCAGAAGCUAGAGAAGAAUUGAAACUGGCAAAACAAUUAGAAAAGCACCUUGAAGGUGCUCAACAAGACACCAUGGAUGGUGUGGGUGACUCCAUUACUCCUGCUGUGGAACAGAACAGUUUGGUCCAACAACCUGCUAGCUCCAGCAAUCACACUGACGACAUAACUUCUCCCCCUCCUGCACAAGCGAGCAAGCGGACGCAACCUCAGAAAGCAAUGUCCAGCCGGGAUCGUCUCAAAAUCCAGCGUGAAUCCCUGGCUCAUAAGCGCAACGCCCUCAAGUUGCGGAGAGAAGGAAAGACUGCAGAAGCAGAUGCAGAAUUUGAACUGGCCAAGGAGCUAGAGAGCCAACUGGAAGAGUCAGACAACCAAAGCUCGAGCUCCGGGGGAAAGUCAAGUGAACCAAACGACACGAGCGUCGAGAAUCUCCUUGAUCCUCAGAUCAUGUCUGCCCUAAGAUCCAUUGGUUGGAGUGACAUGGAUUUAUCCAUGCAAUCCUCUAGUGCACAACCUCUGAAACCUGUGCAGUCCUCAAGUUCUCAACCUCCGCAAAAAGUGGAAGCCAAGUCAUCUGUUGCCGCGACCAGCAAACCUCAGAGCGAGAGAAGUCAACUUGAAGAACAGAUCAAGGCGGAGAAACUGAAAGCGCUUAACUUGAAGCGGGAAGGGAAACAAGCAGAGGCCCUGGAGGCCCUUCGCUCGGCAAAGCGACUGGAGAAGAAGUUGAACUCAGCUUAAGCCAAUCACACCCUCCCAGAUUGCUCUUGUUCUUUUGUCAAUUGUUCGUUUUGGUUACCUGACAUCCCAAGCGUUCCAGCUAGAACAGAGAAUCAUAUCGAGUCCUAUGGCCCUGAUUGGCACAGCUUGUGAGCUUUGAGCACCAUAAACUUAUGUCCUGUUUGUGUUCGAGCUAUGAGCAGUCCCUUUCAUGUAUGUAUAAAUAAAAUCUGAUGGACGGAGAUUAUUUUCA